AUGAAUGACUCAGACCGCAUGCUGCUGCAACGCAUCAUGGCGGCAGGCGUGAUGGAAGACAAGGAAGUAAGGUGCUUAGCUAGAAAACUUACUGGCGAAAACAUGACAGCCUCCGACGUGAUACAAAUGGUGAAUAAAGUGGCGGAGAAUAUUAGACCGUUCGCACUUGAUGUGCGUCGCGGCAUGUAUGAUGACGGAAAGAUGUAUUUGGCUGUAGUGAAUACGAGUAAUGAUGCACUCACAGCUUUUGGCAGCAACUUUAAGCCUUGGGAAAUUGUGUUCUUUCGAAAAGUUGUGGAAGAAAUUGUGGACACAGAAGAAGGAGCUCUGGAGGAGGCAACUCUAUACAACCUUCGCAAAAGCCCAACCACUUUGAAUGAAGUAGAGGAGCUUCUUCGCAAGCUUACCGCUGAAAAAUGGAUUGCUCUGAGUGCCGUACAAUUACAGACACGCAGCUUUACACUUGGACCACGAGGGUUUCUCGAGCUGAUUGCAUUUUUGCGCGACUUGCAAGUCAAAAAAUGCCCAAUUUGUCAAUAUGAAUUGCUUCAAGGAGUGAAGUGCCAAGACAGAAAAUGUGAGACCAUCGUUCACUACAGCUGCGUUGACAAGUAUGAGAAGAGUGGUGUAUGCUACAAAUGUCCUAUUUGCAAGCAUAAGCUGCGACGAUCACCGCAUUGCGCUUAA